CUCAUAUAAAUGGGCACAUUAGGUGGUAAAUUAUUUUUGAAUAAAUCUCUGUUAAACGUUGGUAUUGUAUGAAUUUGUAACAUCAUAUCAGUAAAAUUGAGUGAAACAUGUGAAAGAUGGUAUUUUUCAUUCUGGAAAAUAUGAAAGGCGGGGCCAUGAUAAGAGUGUAGGCGCAGUAUGGUCCAUAUAAAGAGAUUCUCUUAUCUUCCUGAUUCAGAUCAUUGUUUUGACUCUUUCCAACAGUACCUGUUAUAACAAAGAACAACAAGUUCGUAAGAAUGAACCAACACUUACUAUCGUUAGUAACAGUGACAGUUUUCAUGGUACUUUUUUCCCUUACUUUAUCGAUGCCCCCAUUACAAAACGCAGAUAUUUGUUCAGCGGACGCACCCCCUAGACUUAAAAAAUUAUGCCUUUUGGCAACCCUAAAAGAAUAUUUCGAAGAACCUAUAGAACCAGUUGUGAAGGGGGAAAUAAUGGAUACUGAAUUGUACAGUCGUGGGGCCAAAAGGCAAGAUGUGGAUCAUGUAUUUUUACGAUUUGGGCGUCGUCUUGGACUUUAAGACACUGCGCCAGUUUUCAUAAAAAUAACAAAAAAAAAAUGACCCCUUGUUAUUACAAAAUGUAGAAUUAAGAAUAAAGCGAAAAGUUAGCACUUAACAUUGGUUUUUGUAUAUUACUGAUAAAUAAUAAUAUGUACCUUUUACAAUUAUAUAUUUAUAAUUCAUAAAAUAGUUUCUUUUAUGUAUAUAUAAGUAUG